AUGCUUGGACAUGGAUGGAGCAAAACUUUAGACAGCAAAAAUGUGCAACAUUGCCUAGCAUUACAAAUACACGUGACAAAUUUCUCCAAGCGAAAUUUUCGUUAGAAAGCCUGGAGGCUAAAAUAGAAGAAUUGAAAGAAGUGCAAGAAUCUGCAGAACACGAGGAAUGGAUGGAAAGAGUCGCAAGAACUGAGACUACAAAGCUUAGAUACAAUUAUGCAAACCUUAUUAGAACAAAAGUUUGUGGACAAUCUACAAUUAAGAUUGUCGAAGAUCAACCGCCGCAAGAUGAACGGCAGCGUCGAAGAGAAACACUACACAAAACUAUUGAUGAAUGGCGGACUGAGUGGAUCGCAAAAGAGCUGGCACUCAAACGUGAACAAGCUAGAAAGAGGGAAGCCGAAAAACGAGUGCAAGAGGCUGAGGCAAACAGAAGCAAACAUAGAGAACUUUCAAAACUGCUUGAAAAGGUUAAGAAAUUGCGAGAUCUACGUAGGGAUCGAUUAAAACGAGAAGGGCACUUUUUCCCCGAGGAAGAUGAUGAAUUCUUUAAUAAGGUUGCAUCGUUGAAUGAUGUAAUGAAAAUUGAGGAAGCACGGUUGGAUCAAGAAAGGAAUGCUGCGGCUGAACACAAAAGAAAUGAAGCUAUGGAUGUUGGAAUGAAAGAGCGAGAAAAAGAAAGAGAUCCUGUUUAUGAAUAUUGGCAUCAAGCAGAAUUUGAUAUUGAUAAUCUUAUCUCAAUUAGACGUCAGUGGGAUGCAUUUUUGGUUGCACCUGGCACUAUUGGAUCAUCGUGCGUUCCACCGUCCUUUAUAAAUCCUUCACCUCCUGCAAAUUACGUUUGGGCUUCUUGUCUUACACACGUCCCAGCACUUUGGGCUUUCUUAUUGGACUACGCUGACGCUCCGCAAGUUCCUGUUUCUGAAUCCACUCGGAACGACAAGUGGAUGAGGAGCGCGAACUCUCAGGAAGUCAUGGAUAGACUCAACCUCAAGAUCGAUGCAUUUCUUGGUCAUGAUGGUAGGAUUUAUCGUGAGACUUUGUGGUCUUCAACGUACAAUACGUAUGCGAAGAUUAUAGGUCGACUCUCGAGAGAACGCGUUCGUAGGAAUUGGGACGCAUGGGAAGCUCAAUACCCAUAG